AUGGUUACCCCCAUGGCCGACGAGUCCGCUCCGGACGAGAAAGGCAUCUCCCACCACAAGGAGGACCUCAUGUCAGAGGUAGCUCGUGACGCGGCCGAGCGCGGUCACCUGGCCACGGAUCAGUAUGGACAGGCCCUGGUGGAGUUUGACCGGGCGGCCGAAUCCCGACUGCGAUUGAAGAUCGAUCUGUACGUCGUGCCCACCGUGGCUCUGAUGUACCUGUUUUGCUUCAUUGACCGGGCAAAUAUUGUGUUUCCGCCUGUGCUCACGAAUGAAAUCAAUUUCGCAGGCAACGCCAAGCUGGCCGGUUUCAAUAAAGACCUCGGAUUACAAGGCUACGAUUACAAUUCCGUGCUGUCCAUCUUCUUCGUCGCAUAUAUUAUUUUCGAAAUUCCGAGCAAUAUCGCGUGUAAGUGGAUUGGUCCGGGUUGGUUCCUACCCGCCGUAACACUGGGUUUCGGCAUCUGCUCGGUUGCAACGGCCUUCGUCCAUGAUAUCCACGCGGCUUCGGGCGUUCGAUUCCUGCUGGGCAUGUUCGAGGCCGGCCUGUUACCUGGAAUCGCUUACUACCUCAGUCGCUGGUACCGCCGCAGUGAACUGGCCUUCCGUCUAUCCUUGUAUAUUGUCAUGGCGCCUCUCGCGGGAGCUUUUGGGGGCCUUCUCGCGUCGGGAAUCCUCACGCUGGAUCACUUUGGUGGUCUCCAUAGUUGGCGGAUGAUCUUUGCCAUCGAAGGCAUUAUCACGAUUGGUGUGGCUCUGAUUGCGUUCGGGACGCUGACCGAUCGGCCCGAAACCGCCCGCUGGCUGUCCCAGGAAGAAAAGGACUUGGCGAUUGCUCGAGUCAAGUCGGAGCGCAUUGGCACCACUGAAGUCCUAGACAAACUUGACCUUGCAAAAACUCUGCGGGGUAUCUUUAGCCCGGUCACCCUCACCACCGCAUUUGUCUUCUUGCUGAAUAAUAUCACGGUUCAGGGUUUGGCAUUUUUUGCGCCCACAAUUGUCCAAACCAUCUAUCCGAAGGCGACCGUGGUGUCACAGCAGCUCCAUACCGUGCCGCCUUACGUUGUCGGAGCGUUUUUCACCGUGUUGUUUCCUUUCCUCAGCUGGCGAUUUGAUCGGAGAUUGAUUUUCUUCGUUAUUAGUCCACCGUUGAUGAUCACUGGAUAUAUUAUGUUUUUGGCCAGUGAGGACCCUAUGGUCCGGUAUGGAGCCACUUUCCUCAUUGCAAGCGGUGCAUUUGCCUUUGGCGCCCUCUGCAACGCCCAUGUGUCCGCGAAUGUGGUGUCCGACACGGCCCGAUCCUCUGCAAUUGGAACUACGGUCAUGUUUGGCAACAUCGGGGGCCUGAUUUCCACCUGGUCAUUCUUGCCAUCCGAUGCACCCAAUUAUCACAUUGGUAAUGGUCUGAACCUCGCGACAUCCACUAUGACGUUGUUGCUUGGUGCGUUCCUGUGGACCUAUAUGGCGUGGGAUAACCGGAGACGAAGUCGGGUCGAUGUUAAUACUGCGCUGGCGGGGCUUUCACAGAAGCAGAUUCAAGACUUGGACUGGCGCAAUCCUGCCUUCCGCUGGCGGCCAUGA